GAACGAAACGAAGGGGGGAAAACUGCGGCGCCGGGCGGCAACAACAACAACGACAGCACAAAAUGAAACGAAACAAGAAAGAAAAAAAAAAGAGGGGAAAGAUCGAGUCGGGGGAGGAAUAGAGUAGGCGGCGCACUUGUCUGAAACUCAGUUUCGCCCAGGACAUCAUCGCAGGACGCAUCGAUCCGAGGAGGCAAGGAUUUUUAGGACCCGAACAAAAAAAACAUAAAUAAACAAUGGCAAUCGUAGUCAGGUUAUCAGUCAUCAAAUUCCUCGAACUGCUUCUCGCGGUGGCCUGCUUGGGUCUGAUGUACAAGAACGGGUUAACCGGUGAUUUACCAACCGAUUUCGUCUCGAUCGGAGCCUACGUGGGCUUCAUCAUCAUCCUGGUUGGAGGAUUCUCAGGUCACUUGUUGUCCUCUCCGAUCACCAGAAGGAUCGACGUGUUCUACUGCUUGGUCGGUUGCGCCAUGUUCAUCGCAUCCGGCGCUCUCCUCAUCAAAGCUUAUGAGAACAGAUGGAAAUCCGAAUCUAGGGAUUACGGUUUAGCCACCGGUGCUUUGGCCAUCGUCAACGGCGUCGUCUUCAUGAUCGAUUCCCUUCUCACCUGGAGAGGAGACUACUAAAUGGAAAUAAGAAGCUGAACGUUCGCACGCAGGCUUCGCAUCAGGGUUGCUUUUACUCACUAUAUACCUGUCACCAAACCUCAUCUCUACAAUUAGUCUACUAAAAUAUUGGAAUUUAAGU